UGCAAGAGAUGGAGUCCUGCCAUUUGGUGCCCGGAGACCUGCUGGCCCUGGAAGGCGGCCGGAUGCUGCUGCCCUGUGAUUCCGUCCUGGUGCACGGGACCUGUGUUGUGAAUGAGUGCAUGCUGACGGGGGAGAGUGUUCCCGUCACCAAGACCUGCUUGCCCCGAGACCACAGCCAGCAGCCCUGGCAGACAAGCUGUGCGGACGAUUACCGGAGACACGUCCUCUUCUGCGGCACCGAGGUCAUCCAAGCCAAGGGGGGCGGCAAGGAGCCCGCAAAGGCCGUGGUGCUGCGGACCGGCUUCAACACUGCCAAAGGGGAGCUGGUGAGAUCGAUCCUGUACCCUAAGCCCGUGAACUUCCGGCUCUACAAAGACGCCAUUCGGUUUCUCAUGUUCCUUAUUGGAAUCGCUGCCAUUGGGAUGGUGUACGCCGUGUGCGUCUUUACACUCAAUGGGGAGGAGGCCGGAGAGGUGGUGAAGAAGGCCCUGGACGUGAUCACCAUCGCCGUCCCCCCUGCUCUCCCGGCUGCCUUGACCACAGGGAUCAUUUACACCCAGAGGCGGCUGAGGAAGAAAGGGAUCUUCUGCAUCAGCCCCCAGAGGAUCAACGUGUGCGGCCAACUGAACCUCAUCUGCUUCGACAAGGUGCGUCGUCUUCUCUCUGGCCUGGAAAGCAGGGGCGGAAAAUAGAUGUGCUGACCUCUGGCGGUCUCUGCCGGGCCUUCUCUGGCCAUUGGGCCAUCUCUUGGGAUGCCACGGAUCCUUUUGCUUUCCCUUCCAUCCUUUUGUGUCACCUCUUGUCUGUUCUCAAAGAUCCUCUCAGGAUCCGGCUUCUUCUUAAGAAGUUAGAAAAGGCACCCCUCCCAGCUAGCAGGAUAGCAGCAUGAUAUCCCUUCCUCUUUACUAUCGUAAAUGUACUUCCGAAUAAACAUGUACCUUUUGCCCUUUUAAUCAG